AUGGAUGCUACAGGACUGCCUCAGCGCGGAUCGAACGGCAAUCGUAAGCUCCGCUCCAAGAGUGUGGUGCCAAGCCUAACAAUAGGCGCGCAUGACGCCAUCUCCUCCGAUGAGUCUGACUCCACACCGACAGGAGUGAAAGGUCAAGGACUGGGCAGGAGAUUGGCCAAGCGCCUCGUAAUUUAG